CCUUUUAUUUUCUUUCAUCGAGUGUUGCAUGUUGCGAUAGAGUGCGCGUGUCUUGGCCUUUGCGCAUGUUGAAAAAAUUAACGGUUGCUAAGUAUAAACAAUAUGGUUCACCUAGUUUCGUGACGAGAAACUGUCGGUUGUCGAAAAAGCCAUGACGAUCUUUGCGGCUCUUGUUAUUCUGCUAACCGCGCACUCUUCUUUGGGAAAUGACACAGAAGAAGUUAUUGGCGAGGGUACGACGAGCUGGCUAUCCAAUACAGCUCUCACGUCGUUGUGUGGCGGCAUUGUCACGCUGCUGUUCCUCCUCGUCGUCAAAGAUAAAUUCUCCAAAGCCCAGGCACACGCAUAUGAGAAAGAAGCUGAGAAAGGCAGGUCGGUGAAGGUGUUUUAUGGAACCCAGACUGGAAAUGCCCAGAUCCUUGCAGAGAAGCUGUUUGUGGAACUGAAAGCUAGUGGCUACUCCGUGGAAGUGAUUAACCUGAAGAGAUUAGAACCCGAGGAGUGUCUUCUGAGAGAAGUGAAGGUGAAAGGGCUGUGUCUGUUCAUCAUCUCCACAAGUGCUGGUGGUUGCCCUCCGGAAGAGGCCCAGUGGUUCUGCGACUGGCUCAAGGAUACCUACGCCGAUUUCCGUGUUCAGAAAUCCUACCUGCAGGGGUUGGACUUUGCCAUUUAUGGUCUCGGAGAUUCUGCCUAUGCGGAGAACUACAACAAGGUGGCAAAAGACGUUUUCUUUUGGCUCUCGAAACUGGGCGGCCGUGCUGUGCUGCCACUGUGCCUCAACGAUGAGAGCGUUGAUGAAGGAAAAUAUGGCACUGGAAGGUUCGCUGAAUGGAAGGAAGAUGUGACUUCAUACUUGCGUGAUGGCACCCUGCAGACGCACAAGGAGAAAAAGGUACCAGAUGAAGUCUAUGAGACCUCGAGUGACGAAGAAAAGGAUGUUGUUGACUUGGAAGACCUGGCAGGAAAGAGCAAUGGGGUCGAAAAGAAGGCAACACAGCAGAAGACGCAGAUGAUCACUCCCGUAGUACGGGCGUCCCUGACCAAACAAGGGUAUCGUCUCAUUGGCAGUCACUCCGGAGUGAAGCUGUGCCGCUGGACAAAGUCCAUGCUGCGUGGCAGGGGAGGAUGCUACAAGCAUACUUUCUACGGCAUUGAGAGCCACCGGUGCAUGGAGACGACCCCGAGCCUGGCUUGUGCCAACAAGUGCGUCUUUUGCUGGAGGCACCAUACAAAUCCAGUGGGAACAGAGUGGAAGUGGGACAUGGAUCCACCAGAGAUGAUAGUGGACGCUGCACUCAACAAUCACUAUAAAAUGAUAAAGGAGUUUCGAGGAGUCCCAGGCGUCCAACAGGUGAAACUGGAGGAGGCCACGCGGGUCCGCCACUGUGCCCUAUCGCUGGUGGGAGAGCCAAUCAUGUACCCGGAGAUCAAUGCCCUGGUACGGCUGCUCCACGAACGUGGCAUCUCCACCUUCCUCGUGACCAACGCACAAUUUCCUGACGCCAUCGCCGCCCUGGAACCUGUGACGCAACUCUACGUCUCCGUCGACGCAUCCAGUGAAGAGACGCUCAAGAAAAUUGACAGGCCGCUCUUUCGGGACUUCUGGAAGCGUUUCCGGGACAGCCUUUCGGCACUUUCACAAAAGGGCCAGAGGACUGUUUAUCGCCUAACUCUAGUUAAAGAGUGGAACAUGGAAGAACUGCAGGGCUAUGCCAGCCUUGUGCAGCUGGGAAGGCCAGAUUUCAUUGAGAUCAAGGGGGUGACAUAUUGUGGAGAGUCCAAGGGCAGCAACCUGACAAUGCAAAACAUCCCCUGGCACGAGGAAGUGGUCUCAUUUGUCGAAAAGCUAGUUGCCCUGAUUCCCGAGUACAGUCUUGCCUCGGAACACGAGCACUCCAACUGCGUUUUGCUCGCUCAUCGCAAGUUCCAGAUCGAUGGGAAGUGGCACACCUGGAUUGACUACGAUCGUUUCCACGAGCUCAUCGAGCGGUGGAGGAAGAGCAACGGAGCGGAAAGCUUCACCUCGGAAGACUACACCUUCCCGACGCCCGCGUGGGCAGUGUACGGGGCCCGCGAGAGAGGCUUCGAUCCCAAAGAGAGCCGUCUGCUCCGCAAGUCUCGCAAGGACAUUGGUGGCUGUUAGGAGCCAAUCGAUCGUCGCGUUUAUCCUAGUUAACGGCAGUCGGGUACUGCACCGUGCCACCCUAUUUGUUGUUGUUUUUGUUGUUGAUCGUGACUAUCGCACGAAAGGAAAGCUCCCUUUUGUUAAGUGUGUUGUGCGGGGCAUUUAAAAAAAAAAUCCUUUAUAAAUUUUUUUUCAUAAAAAGAGUUACGAGAGCAGCAUAGGUGUUGCUUUUGUUGGUCAUUCUCUCGACGAAAGUGUGCGACUACCAGAUGACUAAUAGCCUAGACUUCAUUAGUUAGCUCUUUAAUGAGGGGAAUUUGAGCAAGAACGAGAUAGCAGGAUGGGAGAUAAUCCUCGUUGAAGGCUAUUCCACGGUUUCAAAAAUCCUGAAACGUGCACGUGUGUUGAAAUAUCGCAAAAUUUUGACAUGCAAGUAAGCUGAAACCGCAGCAACUGGGAGAGAACAUUGCUCAUUCCGUGUUAGAGGGCCACAUGCUUUGGAGCGAUGGAGAUAAUUGGAUCAACCGCUUUGUGGCACAAAUAAGUAAGCCUCCCAAGGUCAUGCGAAGGUCAUGGAAGGUCAUGCGAAGGUCAUGCGCUUGUAGGGUGCGCUGCUUUAGUGUUCCUUCCAUUUGCACAGUGAAAAUUUGCUAUGGAUGUUUCACGGUUUCAUGCAUCAGGGUUUUUAAAAGAUAGAGUGGCUUUUGCCAAAAAUCCCGGAAUUAAAAAAUCAAUUACUAAAUUUUAGGUAAUUAGUCAGCUUGUAGCUACAUACCCACUUCGAGAGUACAUAGCCUGUUGUUUGUGGAGCCGCAUAACUCAACUGCAAAAAUGACAUCUAUGCCCUGCUCUCGUAGCUUUUUUUAAUAAAAAUUCUGUGAAGGAUAAAUUAACGAAGAAAUCUUCCUGUAUGUGAGAGGUAUACAUACCCGGGACAGUCCAAAGGAAUAAAGCGGCAGAACUCAGGAAAUUGGAGUGUCAAAAGUUGAGCUGCUUGGGGUCACCCGUGUUGCGAAUGUAACUAAUGACUCGAAUUAACUGAUACAGUUCUCUUUGUAAUUGAGCAUGUAUGAACUAGUCUGAAUUUAUUUUUUGAUGCCAUCACUUUUAUCACACUUAGAAUGUGACAUAGGAAGCAUACAGUUGAGGCCAGCUGUUUGUUUUCAGAGCACUCCCGGAACAUUUGAGCACUGACUGUAGCCAACAAAUCCUGCUGUUCUAACGUUUUGUCAUUUCCCACGUUUCCACUGCACGGAGACAAUGUUGGAAUGUGGUCGGUACUUGGGAUGAAUGGCAUUACAGGGACUGUCGCAUCCGGAAAGGUGUGCAUGAGACAGAUGUGGUAAUGUUUGGCACGGGUUCACAGUCUACCUGGCCACAGUUUCCUUUCCGAAGACAAGAUUAACGCUCUGUAGAUUCAAGAUUCUUAAAAAAUUCACGCUCCCUCAGCAGCUAAGCCAGAAUGACGUAGGUCAGUCACACGAACGGGACCGCAGCGCAGGUGAUUGUCUCUGAGGUCGUCUGCUUUGCGUUGCCACAACAAUUAUAUGCUAAGUGGAAAAGACCUGCGUAAAUAAACUGGACCGUGACGGAUGCGAUAGCCCCCUUUAGCUUGCAUUCAUACUAUGUUGUAGAAAGUUACUUCCUAGGUUAUUACCCAAAGGGUUGAUCAUUGUAAAACUUUGAAGUGAUUACUCAAAGUAGUUGAAAACAAAUCCGAGCGUUGGAACUUGGUUAGACGAUGGAUUACAACUACAAUAACAGAUUUUUGGCAAAGUCCUUGCUUUGGUUACUAUGCCUGUAUGUGGCUGAUCCAGCAAUAAAGUGCCUUGGCAUUGCUGCCAUUUCCA